AACCUCGGGCUGCAGCUGUUUGCCUCUUGAUCUGUGGUCGUGUUGGGACUUGGGAGUCGACCGAGAGAGUUUUUCUUCUCCUUUCUCCUCCUCCGUCUGCCUUCGCUGCGCGGCUCUCCGUCUCCUCCUCUUCCUCGAGUUCCUUCAGAUCGACGGCCUCUGCGCAAAGGAAAAGAUGCAUUCCACGCAUCUCCUGCUCGAAGAACCCAUCAGGAUGGCUUCCAUCCUCGAGCCUUCCAAGCCCAGCUUCUUCCCGGCGAUGACCAAGAUCGUGGGUACCCUUGGUCCCAAAUCACGCUCGGUCGAGGUGAUCUCCUCCUGCCUCAAGGCCGGAAUGUCCGUGGCUCGCUUUGACUUCUCAUGGGGGAACAUCGACUACCACCAGGAAACUUUGGAAAAUCUAAAGCUUGCUAUCAAGACCACCAAAAAGCUGUGUGCUGUAAUGUUGGAUACCGUGGGUCCAGAAUUGCAAGUUGUAAAUAAAAGCGAAAGUGCAAUUUCCCUCGAGGCGGAUGCAUUUGUUGUUUUGACACCUGAUCAAGGACAAGAAGCAUCAUCUAAGUUGCUCCCCAUUAAUUUUAGCGGGCUGUCCAAGGCAGUGAAGCCCGGAGACACUAUAUUCAUGGGGCAAUACUUGUUCACUGGCUGUGAAACUACUUCAGUUUGGUUGGAGGUAGCUGAACUGAAAGAGGAUGAUGUGGUUUGCAUAAUCAAGAACUUUGCUACUCUGGCUGGAUCCCUAUUCACACUGCACAUUUCCCAAAUACACAUUAACUUGCCAACACUUUCUGAUUCUGACAAAGAUGUUAUCAGCAAAUGGGGUGUUCGAAAUAAGAUUGACUUCCUUUCAUUGUCUUACACCAGGCAUGCAGAAGAUGUUCGGCAUGCACGAGAAUUCCUCUCAAAGUUGGGUGAUCUUCAGCAAACUCAGAUAUUUGCCAAAAUUGAAAACGUAGAGGGCUUAACGCAUUUUGACGAGAUCUUGCAGGAAGCGGAUGGCAUUAUUCUCUCACGAGGCAAUCUGGGAAUUGAUCUCCCACCUGAGAAGGUGUUUCUAUUUCAAAAGGCUGCUGUCUAUAAGUGUAACAUGGCUGGAAAGCCCGCCGUUAUUACUCGUGUGGUGGACAGUAUGACUGACAAUCUCAGGCCUACUCGUGCAGAGGCAACAGAUGUUGCUAAUGCAGUUCUUGAUGGUACUGAUGCCAUCCUUUUGGGCGCUGAGACUCUCAGAGGAUUAUAUCCUGUGGAGACUAUUUCAACUGUGGGCAAAAUUUGUGCAGAGGCAGAGAAGGUUUUUAACCAAGAUCUGUACUUUAAAAAAACUGUGAAAUAUGUUGGAGAACCCAUGUCACACUUGGAGUCUAUUGCUUCAUCUGCUGUGCGUGCUGCUAUUAAGGUCAAAGCCUCUGUUAUUAUUUGUUUCACUUCGUCUGGAAGGGCUGCAAGAUUAAUUGCCAAGUAUAGGCCAACUAUGCCAGUAUUGUCUGUUGUUAUCCCUCGGCUCAAAACAAACCAGCUGCGAUGGAGUUUCACUGGCGCUUUUGAAGCCAGACAAUCGCUCAUUGUUAGAGGCCUCUUUCCGAUGCUUGCUGAUCCUCGACAUCCUGCUGAGGCAACCAGUGCAACCAAUGAGUCAGUUUUGAAGGUUGCUCUCGAUCAUGGCAAGUCUUCUGGCGUGAUAAAGUCCCACGAUCGUGUUGUUGUUUGCCAGAAAGUUGGGGAUGCUUCAGUUGUCAAGAUUAUUGAGUUAGAGGAUUAAAUACAGCUUCUAUGUUACAAAUCCUAUUCCUCAGAACUGACAUCUCAUACUGUGUUCAUGUUCAGUGCCAGCUUCUUUAAACUCUAUCAAUUAUUUAUUUAAGCGUGUGGAGUUUGCUCCAGUCAAGAGCUAUCGUCUCUUGGACUGUUUGCUUAUGGAGUUUGGUCAGAAACUCCAAACUGGAUAUUUACUCAGUUCGUAUGUAUGGCAUCUGAUUUUGUUUUGAGUUAUAGCACUGUAGGCGGAUGCAGCCAUAGAAAGUUCAAACUAUGCCUGAAAUUGCUUUAAUAAUUCUCUGCUGUGUUGGAGUUGUUGUUCAGCCAUAUAUGGAACUGUUUCAAUGCCUGAAUUUACUGUACCACUGCUAAGUAUAGUAAUAUAAAUGUGCGACACAUCUUAGAACCUUCCUUUA